AUGCCGUUCAUGGGUGACUUCGUCGUCCUCAGCUUGAACCCAAUGCUUUCUGUCGCCCAUCUCGACGAUCUUGCCAGGAAAGAGGCGUCUGAACUGCGCGUCGGACGAUACAUCGCAUUUGUCUCCAGCGUGCAAGGCUUGCCUCUGAUAGAAAAACCAACCAAUCAAUUUAGCUUCAAACUCGUUCGCGACCAAUCCCGGCAUUCAGGCGUGUCUGCGGCGCCUGCUGACCUUGCUAUUCCCAUCGCGCCACAUACCAUGCCGAACCAACAAGAUCAACUUCGCGCUGUCGCUGACUUCCCUCAUCCAACCUGCGUACUUGAUACUGUCCUCGGAGAUAUAGAUCUGCGCGUGGCAAGCAUCGAGAGAGACUGCACACAGGUCCUGGCCACUCCAUCAUCCGAGCGUAUGCGUGUGAGAUGGUCACAGGAGGAUCUUAUGGAGAGCCUCUAUGCAGAUGAUACUCGCUGGUCUGAGAUCGAACAAUGUCUCCCUCCUCGAACGUCCUUGAAGAUUCUUUGGCACGAGUUUCCGAUACGUCCUCCGGCCACCAUGGAACGAGACUGCCCAGGGUGGGAGCCCAGUGGUGAAUCGACUGACUCUGACGAGAUAUCAGAUCUUUGCCAGGCCUUCGCAGACUUCCUGACUCACCCUGGUCAUCUGAAUAUCCCUGUGGUCGACGUCGAGUAUGAUCUCAGAACCGUUGACUCCGUUGCAGAUCCGAUGGAGUUCUUGCGUGAGCGCUGGGCACUCUAUGAGAUCGUUCGUAGAGCGACGGAACGGAUGCGAGCUGCCCAAGGCCUUGGUCCAAUCGGAUAA